ACAAACCUCCAUCGGAAUCUAUGUUCUUUGGAAACGAAGUAAUGCGUUCACGUGGCCAUCUCCUACUGGCUACUCGUAGCUACCCACGCUAUGAGUAGCCAUUGUUGCCAUAUUUAUUGUAACAUAUAUCUGUAUCAGGGCGUAGUGGGCAGUUUGGUUUUAUUUGUUCAUAAUUCGUCGAGACGAUAAAUGUCUAAUCAGUAAUCGUCUAACAAGUCAUUUCUUUCCGUCAUUGAUCGCCUACCACAUUUUGCGCCAAAUUAACAAUUCGUAAUUUACGUGACGACCGACGCUACUAUUAUUUUUUUGCAUUUCAUUUAUUUAAUUCAUCAGUGUUGCGGCAUUUUAUUGUUGAAAAGCGUGUUUUGUUUUCCUCAACCACCAAGCGAUUGCAGACGCCGUACGAGUCAAGUGUGGACUUCACUAUCAGUUUCCUCGAAAUAAGUGAAUAUGGAUGAUCAAAACAUUAUGGAUCUUGUGAAAAGCAUUAAUGAGGAGACUCCAUCUUCCUCAAAGUUAUUGUCUAAUAAGGAUACGGUUUUAGGCAAAAGGCAGAAAAACAAUAAAUUGGGCAAAUUAGUUCUCAAAUUUAUUGAUCUUCUUCAAAACACUUCGGAUGGAGUAAUGCAUUUAGACAAAGCUACUGCAAUGCUUGAUAUUCAACAAAAAAGAAGAAUAUAUGAUGUUACAAAUGUACUAGAAGGUAUUGGUUUAAUAGAAAAACAGACCAAAAAUCAAGUUAAAUGGAUAGGAACUCAAAAAGGGGGAAUAAUUGCCUUAGAGAGAAACGAACUUCAAGCAGAAAUAGAAACUUUAAAAUGGCAAGAAGAUAUUUUAGAUAAACAACUUGAGAUUCUUUCUAAUGAUUUAAAAUUGCUUCAGGAAGAAAAAUCUUUUUCUCGUUACAUGUAUUUAUUGAGUAGUGACAUCUCCAAUAAACAAGAAAAACAAUCAGUGUUUACUGUACAGCCUAAGAAAGCACUUAAAGGAGAAAUUUUCAUACCAAGAACAAAAUUUAAUCAAAAUUCUAGUAUUCAACCAAACAAUAACAGUAUACCCUUUAAGAUAAAUUUAAAUUCUAAAACUGUGCCAAUUAACAUGAAUCUUAUUUCUUUCAAAGGAUUUGCACAACUUCAGAAUAAAAGAUGUGCUUCGGAAACAAAUAGUAAAUUAAGAAAAAUACCUCGCACUAAUUAUUCUGAUGAUGUAAAAUCUAGUAUUACAUGCAAUAAUGAAGAAACUGAUGAUAUAGUAGAAAUAAUUGUACUGAAUAAAGAAGGUAAAGAAGUGGAAAAAAUUAUAAAUAAUGAAGAAACUGAUGAUAUAGAAGACAAUACUGUACUGAAUAAAGAAGGUAAAGAAGUUGAAAAAAUUAUAAAUAAUGAAGAAACUGAUGAUAUAGUAGAAAUAAUUGUACUGAAUAAAGAAGGUAAAGAAGUGGAAAAAAUUAUAAAUAAUGAAGAAACUGAUGAUAUAGAAGACAAUACUGUACUGAAAAAAGAAGGUAAAGAAGUGGAAAAAAUUAUAAAUUGUGAUACACUAGAUGAUAAUGGAACUAAAUCAUAUACCAGAGUUCCUCCACUUUAUUAUCCAAUGUUCAGAUUGAGUCCACCUCCAUCAGUAAAUACUUUUCCAUGUGUAAUUGACCCUUCAGAAGGUGCAUUUGAAGCUUUUGAUAUUAAACCUAAAUAAUAAGAGUUAUUGUAAUUAAUAUAUCAUAUUAUUAAUUUAUCAAUAUAUUGUAUUUUAAAUUA